AGUCGUUAUCUUGGUGACCAUGAGCUCCGAGCUGCGGCACCGGAGCAAGUCCAUGCAUGGCACCACCACGGGCUUGUUGCUCAAGAAAUUCCAACUGGAUUCGCAGCGUUCUCACGCAAUUGCACAGGCGCGAAGUAAGAGCACAACCAAGCUGCAAGUGGAGACGGAUAGCAGUACCGACGUCAUCCAGGCUAUCAUAAAUGCGGCCGUAAAUAUUCAUUCCAACACACGAAAAAGUUACAAAUUUUAACGAUUAUUGUAUGAUGCCAGCCUGGAUGUUAUCCUGGAGACGACGGAUCAAGCGACAUUGCAGACCGCUACAAUUUUUUCGUGCAUCGGAAACGCUUUUUGUUCGCGCCGUGUUCGCUGGGUAUUUUCCCCGAGAGAAGUCGUUUCCGACAAGCCCUGAUAUGGUGCAUCACGUGGAAACGCUUCGACCAGUUUAUCCUUUUCUUAAUUCUUGCAAACUCGAUUAUCCUUGCCAUCGCCGACUACAGCAAAGUGAAUGACAAAGGAGACUUGGACAGCUCCCAAUCCACCCGAAAUGCUAUCGUGACGUCGGCUGAUACGAUAUUUACCAUCCUUUUCGCGGUCGAGUGUACGAUGAAGAUCAUCGCCAUGGGAUUAUUCGGUGAGCAAGGCGCUUACUUGAUGGACCCAUGGAACUGGAUGGACUUUAUUGUGGUGUUCAUUGGCAUCUUAGCCGUGAUCCCGGGUAUCCCCAACGUAUCGAUGCUAAGAGUAUUCCGAGUACUGCGUCCAUUACGAAGCUUAAAUGCCGUCGCCGGCAUGAAAAAGCUUGUGUCAGCAUUACUCAAAUCUAUUCCAGAGCUACUGACAGUCGUGGCAUUUCUUUGCUUUCUCUUUUUUCUCUACGGGGUUAUUGGUGUGCAGUUAUGGAGUGGUGUACUACAUCCUCGGUGUCGUAUCACUCCGUAUCCUCUCCGCUUGGACUCCGAAGUCGAGUUUAGCAAUUUCGGCGAGUACAAAGCGACAGUAGUAGCGAACUUCUCGCUUUUUCCGUGUGUUGACGAGCACAACGAACAGAUUCCGCUCUCGAAUGGAUCUUGGUCACACGAUACGUCUCCAUGGAAAACUCCGCGGCAAUGUUUCUGGCCUGUUGCGGAUGAAUCCCCGGCUCGGACUUGCUCUCUCGGCGAUGAUCAGUUUCGUCAGUGUCCUGAUGGACAGAUUUGUGGAUCCGAUUAUGACGACUUUGGAAAUUUUCGGUUUACUCACCCCGACUCGCUGAUCGUUCAGCGUAUUCUUGCCAGUUCAACUUACAGCGCGGACUUGAACUGGGGUUUCCUGCAUUUUGACAACAUUGGAUCAGCAUCACUAGCAAUUUUUCAGUGUAUCACACGAGAAGGCUGGAGUGAUAUAAUGUACAUGCUUCAAGAUGCCGGAUAUGGAACGGUCGCAGUCAUCUAUUUCGUGUCAUUUAUCAUCUUUGGCUCCUUUUUCAUGCUCAACUUGACACUGGCAGUCAUUUGGGACAACUUCUCGGAAGCCUCCUUCCUCGAAGCGGAAGAGAGAAAGGCACAGAAGAAAGCGAAAGCUGUUACACUUGCACUACGAGCAGCGCAAGCUGCAAAUGACCGCGUUUCGCCUUCUCGCGUGCAGAUUUGUUUUGCUGCAAUAGUCAACCACUGGAUGUUCAAUGUGGUCCAGACAAUCUUGAUUUUACUCAACACCAUCAUUUUAUCACUGGAUCAGUAUCCUAUCGACCCGAAGCUCAACGAGACGGUGGAGAAGAUAAAUUUCGCUCUCACACUCGCGUUCUUUAUUGAGGCUUUGUUAAAAGUUAUUGGUCUGGGGUGGAAAGGAUGGCGCGAAGACCGAUACAACCAAUUUGAUGCCAUGAUUGUUGUGAUCAGUACUGUGGAAUUGAUCCUUUCACCACCGGUGUUUAUACGUCAACAGGGUACGUCUUCGACAGCGGCUUCCUUCUCUGGCUUACGAUCUUUUCGACUGUUCGCUUUGUUCAAACUUGCACGUUCUUGGCCCUCCCUACAGAAACUAUUGACAACGAUGAUCAGUACAUUGCAAGAAGUCGGCAACUUCAGUGUAUUAUUCCUGCUGUUUCUGUAUAUCUACGCGCUGAUCGGGAUGCAAACGUUCGCUAAUCAGUUCCGCUUUGAUGAAUAUGGAUUUCCAGUGGGUCGGAACCACGAGGCUGCCUAUAUCCCAAGGGCAAACUUUGAUACGCUGCUAUGGUCAGUUGUCACUGUAUUUCAGAUUCUAACAGGCGAAAACUGGAAUGUGGUAAUGAUGGACGGGUGGAGGUCAUCUGGUUGGUCUGCAGUGCUAUACUUUGUGUCACUUGUCGUGCUGGGAAAUUUUAUCGUGCUCAAUUUGUUUUUGGCAAUUUUACUCGGAAACUUUGACGAGUCAAAUGACGAGGAAAGAGAUGCCGAACGCGAAGCUUUAAAGCGUAAAUCUCGAGUGGCUCCGACAAUUAAUAGCCCGUUAUCCCGUAACGAUGCAUCCUCUCGGCGUGAUUUGGACUAUCGCUCAAGCACUACAGAGGAGCGGAGCAUGAGUAGAACGCUAAGUCGAAGUCGAACACAAAGUCGAAGUCGGUUAACUGCUGGUGGUCGCCGAGAAGCGGUCUCACCAUCUUCCAAUGUCUUUAAUGAUCUCCCAGGUGCUGCGCGCCGCCAAGGCUCCUCUUUUCUAAAGAACCGACUGGGCUUGCAUCGCUCCUUGUUUAUUCUGGCACUGGACAACCCCAUUCGAAAAUUAGCAAUGCGAAUUCUACUGCACCCCCAAUUCGACAAUUUGUCACUGGCGUUGAUAAUUAUCAGCACUGUAGAGUUAGCUAUUGACAAUCCGCUCAGUCCACCGGAUAGCUUGUAUACAACCAUUCUAUCGCGGUUUGACUCAGUUUUGACCGUGCUGUUCAUGAUCGAGGUUGUUAUCAAGAUUAUCGCGUAUGGAUUCGUACUGCACAAAGGUGCUUAUCUCCGCAAUAGUUGGAAUGUUAUGGACUUUGUCAUCACAGCGACUGCCGCAUUUUUCAUGUUUCAAGGAAGCUCGCAGUUCAAAUUUGUAAAAACUCUACGGACAUUUCGGGCUCUUCGCCCUCUGCGUAUGAUUAAUCGGAACCCUGGUCUAAAGCUUGUGGUGAGCUCGCUGAUUGCCUCUAUCCCACAGAUUGUGAACGUUAUUAUGGUAUGUUUGCUGGUAUUCAUGAUCUUUAGCAUUUUAGCUGUCAACAACUUGAAGGGAAGAUUCUACAGCUGUCAAGGCGACGUAUUCAGUGCUUUAUCGUCAGCCCAGCAAGCGUUUAUUGCUUCACCAAGACUGUGGACCAAUUUGACAAUAGCAGAACAGAAUUGGUUCGACCACUCGGCAUCCGAAGUGCUGAGUGUCUUUUCUAGCGAUGGACCUUUAACAUCGCGGAUAGUAUGUAAUCUCUUUGGAGCAACGUGGGCUAAAACUAUUCCGCAGAAUUUUGACAACGUGAUUCACGGUAUCCAAACUUUCUUUGAGAUGACUACAACGGAAGGCUGGGUCACUAUCAUGCUUACCAGCGUGGAUGCAACGGAAAUCGAUAUGCAACCGAUUCAAAACCACCACGAAAGUUGGGCAUUUUUCUUCAUCUGCUUUAUUUUGGUGGGAACGUUCUUCGUCAUGCAACUCUUUGUCGGCGUUGUGAUCGAGAAUUUUAACAAUAUGAAAGAGAAGUUGGACGGAACCUUUCAUUUAUCGCAGAUUCAACGGGAAUGGUUGAAUAUCAACGAAGCCAUGCUAAAUCUACGACCUGUACGAAAGCUCAAAACGCCACUUCAUACGACACGGCGUGCAUUAUUUCGCAUUGCUCUUAGCCCAACACUGGAACUCUUGAUCAUGGGCUGUGUGUUACUAAACACUGUGUUCAUGGCUAUGGAUUACUUCGGAGAAGAAGAUCUUUACGAGACCGGCUUAAACUAUCUGAAUUACUUUUUCUCGGGCAUUUUUGCACUUGAAGCUACGGUGAAGAUCAUUGGUUUGGGUAAAUAUUACUGGAAGGAACCCUGGAACAUUUUCGAUUUCAUUGUUGUGCUUGGCACUCUCUUCGGUGUGGUCUAUCAAAUGUUUGGCGGGAGCUCUGUUGGCACCGCGGCCUCGACCGUGCGAAGUUUCCGUGUGGGGCGCUUAUUCCGAUUGGUGCACUCUGCGCCUUCGUUGCGCCAACUUUUCAAUACGUUGCUUAUAACACUACCGUCACUUGCAAAUAUCGGUGGACUUCUCUUCCUGAUCUUCUUCAUCUAUGCUGCUAUGGGGGUGCAGUUGUUCGCGAAAAUUAAGUUUGGCGAGCUGAUUACUUCGACGGCAAAUUUCCAGUCGUUAUUGGCCGCGAUGGUCACACUAGCUCGUUGUGCUACAGGGGAAAGAUGGAAUGAUAUGAUGUACGAACUCGCGAACCAAGAAAACUGUACACCAGACCCGCCCUACGACCCCAAUUCAUGUGGUAUCAGCAGUGAUGUAGACUGCGUGCCGUUAAAUGGUUGCGGCUCCCCAGUGGCUUUUAUCUAUCUGUACAGCUUCACGCUACUGGUUACUUUCAUUCUUCUGAAUAUUUUCAUCGCAGUGAUCUUGGAGGGGUUCGCAAAAGAGAAAGACAGAGAAGAUGGCGUUUUGCUUCCCCAACAUUACGAAACUUUUGUGAAAAAGUGGUCUGAAUUCGAUCCUGAAGCGACAGGAUUCCUCGAGUGGCAUUUAUUGCCAUCAUUUCUUGCCACAUUAGAGCCUCCAAUGGGGUUGGGAGCUAACCUUAGAUCUUCGUCAAAAGAUAUUCAGGUUUUUGUAGCCUAUCUUGAUGUGCCGAUAUUUCGUGAUAACAAGGUAUUUUUCAACGAUGUUGCUCGACGUGUGGGAAAGUUUGUCAUUGAUGAACUAAGCGAUCAGCCUCUCGACGCUCUACCCAAGUCACUUAAUCUAGAGAAACGGUGGCGCAAAUACUUAGCUGGACGGAAUAUCCGCAAAAGCGACCUAUCGGUUCACAGAUUAAACCAGUUUAGUGCUGCUACUCUCAUCCAUCGAUCAGUGAACGCUCUCAUAUUCCGCGAAGAGCUCAACGCCGGUGUCCAACUGUUCGCGAAACGAUCAAGAUCUCGCGUUGCAUCUCUCGUGACAGUCACAGAGCAGUAG